ACCGGUGGGGUUCCACAUGUAACCAGGGUGAAACUCUGGCCACUAGAUCUGUGUGGUGUUUGAGCUCAUCUGGGAAGCUCUUCUUUGUUAAUAAGUGUUUGAGGGAGGUGUGAUUGGUUCUUUCUAGAAUAGAAAGCUGGAAGUAGACUUCCAGUCUGUGAUAACCUUUGAACAUUUGACAAAGGAAUUGUACGAUUUUACUGUGAGAAUAUCUUAUGCAGAAUAGCUGAGCCUCAGGGCUUUUCCCCAACACCUCCUUGUGCGCCAGUACCUCACAACCUUCCAUCAACACUUUUAUCCCCACACCUCCGCCAAGGUGAAGGCGGCAUCUUAGAAGGCCUGAAUUCUGCCUUUUUCAGAGUCCUUAUCACUUUUGAGUUAAUAUCUAUCUCUUCUGUUAGACUGCAGUCUCCCUUCAUAUAGGGUCCUCGUCCAGUUGGUUUUUCUUCAGUGGCUUGUCCGUAAUCCUGUUUUUGAGGAGGGUUGUUGACUGGGUUGAGGGGAAGAUCUCUCUCCAGGGUUUUCAGACUCGGGUCUCAGUGUUUAUCUUUUGGGGAUGUUGCAGGUGACCGAGCUCAACGAACCUCUCUCCAAUGAAGACCGAAACCUCCUCUCCGUGGCUUACAAGAAUGUGGUUGGUGCCCGGCGGUCUUCCUGGAGGGUCAUCAGCAGCAUCGAGCAGAAAACCAUGGCCGACGGGAAUGAGAAGAAGCUGGAGAAGGUUAAGGCUUACCGGGAGAAGAUCGAAAAGGAGCUGGAAACAGUGUGCAAUGACGUGCUGGCCCUGCUGGACAAGUUCCUCAUCAAGAACUGCAAUGACUUCCAGUAUGAGAGCAAGGUCUUCUACCUGAAGAUGAAGGGCGACUACUACCGCUACCUGGCAGAGGUGGCUUCCGGCGAGAAGAAAAACAGCGUGGUCGAAGCUUCGGAGGCAGCCUACAAGGAAGCCUUCGAAAUCAGCAAGGAGCACAUGCAGCCAACACACCCCAUCCGGCUGGGCCUGGCCCUCAACUUCUCCGUGUUCUACUACGAGAUCCAGAACGCGCCCGAGCAGGCCUGCCUCUUAGCCAAACAAGCCUUCGAUGACGCCAUAGCCGAGCUGGACACACUAAAUGAGGAUUCCUAUAAGGACUCCACGCUCAUCAUGCAGCUGCUGCGAGACAACCUCACCCUCUGGACGAGCGACCAGCAGGACGAGGAAGCCGGAGAAGGCAACUGAGCGCCUCGGCCCGCCCCCGCCCCCACCCCAUCACCACCGGUCCUUCCUCACCACAGUCACUAAGUAUCUAGUGCUAAACCUAUCUGUAUGGCAGCACAGCUACUCAGAUCUGCUCUCUGCACCCGGGAAGCAGUUCCAGAUAAAUUUAUGGGCAUUGCUGGACUGAUGGUUGCUUUGAGCCCACAGGAGCUCCCUUUCUGAAUUGUGCAGACAGGUGCAUCCUGAAGGAGGCAUUUUCCUAUGCCUGCUGAUCUAGGUGAAGUGCAGGCGAAAGCCUCGGGGAAGUUAGGAGAAUUAACCACACAGGCUACAGUUGGUAUUUAAAUGGUCCACUUAAAACCAUCUGCUAGUGUUUUGUUAAAGCAGUACAUCUGUGCAUGCAAAAGUGAAUUCACCCCUCCCACCUCUUUCUUAGCUAAUGGAAAACUGUUAAGGGAAGCUGAUAUGAGAGACCACUUGCUCCUUUCCAUCAGUUUAAUAAUAAACUUUAAUGUGAGGUUUCAGUAGCGCCUUGUUUGCCUCUUUAAAUUAUGAUGUGCACAAACCUUCUUUUCAAUGCAAUGCAUCUAAAGUUUUGAUACCUGUAACUUUUUUUUUUUUUGGUUGCGACUGUUUAAGAAUCAUGGAUUUAUUUUUUUGUAAUUAUUUGGCUAGUGUCCUUGUGUAUCCUGACAGCGCCAUGUGUGUCAGCCCAUGUCAAUCAAGAUGGGUAAUUAUGAAAUGCCAGACUUCUAAAUUAAAUGUUUUGGAAUUCAGUGGGUAAAUAAAUGCUGCUUUGGGGAUAUUA